AUGAAUAAACUCCUUCUCCCUCCUCUGCCUCUUUACCUCCUUCCCCUGUUUCUGCAAAUUGCCACCCUACUCUCUGCACCUAUCUACACUCCGGUUGAAGACAUCACUAUCAACUGUGGCUCUUCCGAAACCUUAACCAACAUAUAUGACAAGCGAGAUUGGGCUGGAGAUAUCAAUUCAAAAUUUUCCCCCUCUGAAUUACACCAAGCUAACACCAACACCUCCUCCGAAGUCAGAAAAGCUCCUCCCUCCUCCUCUGCUAGCCAAGUGCCCUACACCACAGCUAGGCUUUCUCUUUCCGAAUUUAGUUACACAGUUCCCCUCUCCACCGGACAGAAGUUUAUUCGCUUCUACUUCUACCCAGUUUCAUAUGACCCCGGCUUCGACCGGUCCAAAGCCCUUUUCUCUGUCCAAACAGGUGGCUUUACCCUUCUCCAUGAUUUCAAUGCUUCUGUAACUGCUGAUGCUGGUGACACUGAGACGCUAAUCAGAGAGUUCUGUUUGAACAUUGAUGAAGGACAGAGUUUGACCAUCACGUUCACUCCGAGUAGAGCAAUCCCAGAUGCUUAUGCCUUUAUUAAUGGGAUUGAGAUUGUGUCCAUGCCCACCAAUCUUUACUACACUGCAUUCGAAAGCCAUGGAGUUGAUUAUGUAGGCAACGAAGUCAAUUAUCUCAUCGAAAACAUCACGGCGAUGGAGAUGGUUUCCAGGUGGACUGUUCUUCCACAAAACGUUAGCAUUAAACCCAACUUUGUGAAAAUACCAGAGUACUCUGCUCCAGACGCAGUUUACCAAACUGGCCGGUCCAUGGGCAGCAACCACACCCGAAACAAGCGCUACAGCCUGACCUGGGAAUUUCCCGUAGAUCCCAAGUUUCUUUACCUGCUAAGGCUACAUUUCUGUGAGUUUGAGCCUGAAAUUAUGGACACCGGGGACCGAUCGUUUCUAAUCUAUGUGGAGAACCAACUUGCUGAGCCACAAGCCGACAUAAUCCUGUGGAGUGGUGGAAAUGGGAUACCAAUCUACAGGGAUUACGUCGUGUUCAUGCCUGCAAGCCCUGAUCAGAAGAAAGUUAAGCUCUUUCUUGCAUUGCAAGCAAACCCAAGAGAUUGGAUGACUAAAUACAAUGAUGUACUCUUGAACGGCCUUGAACUCUUCAAACUCAGUGAUACAAAUGGAAAUCUUGCCGGACCAAACCCCGAGCCACCUCCAUACAUUCCGGUCGAUGCUAUCACCGUUCAAUGCGGCUAUUCCGGCCAGCUGGUCAAUCAGGAUGACGGCCGAAAUUGGACUGGAGACAUAAAUUCAGAGUUUUCACCCGUUGAAGUACACCAAGCUGCAAGUUACACAUCCCUCGUAAGAGACGCACCUCCGUCGCCCUCCCUUGCCAGCAGAGCUGUGCCGUACAACAGAUCGCGGCUGUCUCGCUCUGAAUUUACAUACACAUUUAACCUCACCACUGGCCAAAAGUUCAUUCGUCUGUAUUUCUACCCUGUUUCAUAUGGUGUCGACUUCCACCGCUCCAAUGCAGUCUUCUCCGUCAAAGCUGGUGGCUUUACCCUUCUCCACAACUUCAACACUUCUCUCACUGCCGAUGCUUCUGGGAUGGAGACGAUAUACAGAGAAUUCUGUGUAAGCAUUGAGGAGGGAGAAAAGAGUUUGAACAUCACAUUCACUCCAAGCCGGGCAAGCCCAGAUGCGCAUGCCUUUAUCAACGGCAUUGAAAUUGCAUCCAUGCCUAGGAAUCUUUACUACACUCCACCGUACAGCGAUGGGGCUGAUUUUGUUGGCAAACAAAUCAACGUCCGCAUUGAAAACACGACUGUUCUAGAGAUGCUCUACCGAUUGAAUGUCGGGGGAGCCUUACUCCUUCCCAAGAAAGAUACUGGCAUGUACCGCAAAUGGGAUAGUCAUGAUGAGGAGGAAAGUUACUUGGACACUUCAAAUUUAAGUUUGAGACAAAAUAGUAGUAUAGAACUCAAAUUUAACAUAAUUGCAAAGUACACUGCGCCAAAAGAAGUUUACCAAACCGGUCGGUCAAUGGGUGAGGACGCCAACAUAAACAAGAGCUUUAAUCUCAUCUGGCAAUUUCCUGUAUAUUCCGAGUUUUCAUACCUGGUUAGGCUUCAUUUUUGUGAGUUUCAACCUGAAAUCACCAAGGUUAGAGACCGAAUUUUUACAAUCCAAAUAGACAAUCUGACCGCAGAACAAAGAGCCGACGUAAUUGACUGGAGUGGUGGAAAGGAGACACCAGUGUACAGAGACUAUUUGGUAUCCAUGUCUACCACCGCGGGUGGAACCCCGAGCAAAGUCAACCUCUCUCUCGCAUUACAAGCAAAUCCAAAUGCUGGAAUCUUGAAUGGGCUCGAAAUCUUCAAGUUAAGUGACUCAAAUGGCAAUCUUGCUGGACCCACCGAUUUGACGCCGUCAAGUUCAGUAAAACACAACAACAAGUCCAAUCGUAUACUUGCCAUUGCUGCCGGUGUAGCUUCCGGCCUACUUGUGCUCUCUGUCCUGUUUGGAUUCCUGAUUUUCAGGCGACGACUGAAAGCCAAGUCCUUUGUCUCCAUCCACGGGCCAACCAAGUCAACAGAGACUCGCGGGUCAUCUUUACCUCCUUAUUUAUGUCGUUACUUUCCACUGGCUGAGAUCAAAGCCGCCACCCAAAACUUCAAUGAUAGUUUCAUAAUUGGAGUUGGCGGGUUUGGGAACGUGUACAAAGGCUAUAUCGACGACGGUGGGGCAACCCCUGUAGCUAUCAAACGGCUGAAACCCGAGUCAUCACAGGGAGCCCAUGAGUUCAAGACGGAAAUCGAGUUGCUCUCCCAGCUCCGCCACCGCCAUUUAGUGUCUCUCAUUGGAUAUUGUACAGACGACAAUGAGAUGAUCUUGGUGUACGAUUACAUGGCACGUGGGACCCUCGCCGACCAUCUCUACCACAAGGAUAACCCGCCUCUUUCUUGGGAGCAACGGCUUCAAAUUUGUAUUGGCGCGGCACGAGGGUUGAGCUACCUUCAUACCGGUGCCAAGGGCACCAUCAUCCACCGUGACGUGAAGAGCACAAACAUUUUAUUAGAUGAGAAAUGGGUGGCCAAAGUAUCGGACUUUGGACUGUCAAAAAUGGGCACUACCAACACCUCCAAGACUCACAUUAGUACAAUGGUGAAAGGUAGUUUUGGAUAUUUGGACCCGGAAUACUACCGACGUCAACGGCUAACUGAGAAGUCGGACGUGUUUUCGUUUGGCGUAGUACUGUGUGAGGUACUGUGUGCAAGGCCGGCUGUGAUGCAUACGGUGGAGCUAAGGCAAAUGAACUUGGCUGAGUGGGUCCGGAGCUGUCAUCGCGACGGGGAACUUGAUCAAAUUAUUGAUCCAAGCAUAAGGGGUAAGAUUGAAAUUCAGUGCCUGAAUCAGUUUGUUGAGAUUGCAAUGAGUUGCAUGAAUGAUAGUGGGAUUGAACGGCCGUCAAUGAAUGAUGUUGUGAGGGCGCUUGAGCUUGCAUUGCAGCUCCACCGCAACUGCAUUGAAAGGAACAAUGAGGUUGCCUUCGUCAAUGAUAGUGCCGAUGCCGAACUUAGAAGUUCUAAGCCAGGUUGCGCAACAGAUGAAUCCAUCCAAUGUAUAUCUGAGACGAUCUUUUCUGAGAUUAAUGAUCCAAAUGGGAGAUAA